AGCUGCUCUAGCCGGCACUGAGUUGGGGAUUCGGGCGGACUCGGGUCCCUCUGUGGGAGGAGGAGGCGGUGGCGCUUUAGACUACCAGUCAGUGGAAUUUCUGAAGAAACAUGUAUAGAAUUCCACUGUUGUGGCGCUUGCUCACGCCCACAAAGAUGAAUGGCUGGAUUUCGAGCAUGGUCUGCCUGUCUGUUAUCCUUUCACUCCUGUUGAGUGCCGCAUUUGCCCGGAGGAGCCAGGAUCUCCACUGUGGAGCAUGUCGAGCCCUGGUGGAUGAGCUAGAGUGGGAAAUAUCUCAGGUAGAUCCCAAGAAAACCAUCCAAAUAGGUUCCUUCCGCAUCAACCCAGAUGGAAGCCAAUCCAUUGUAGAGGUGCCCUACGCCAGGUCUGAAGCUCACCUGACAGAACUGCUGGAGCGCAUCUGUGAGAACAUGAGCGAUUAUGGGGAGAAGGUGGAUCCCUCCACCCACCGGAAAAACUACGUCAGGGUGAUCUCCCAUGAUGGGACCAAGAUGGACCUUUCUGAAACCAAAUUUGAUGGCGAUGUGACAUCAAGCCUGAAGUUUGCUUGUGAGAGUAUAGCUGAAGAGUAUGAAGAUGAGCUUGUAGAAUUCUUCUCCCACGAAGCAGAAAAUGUCAAGGACCGACUGUGCAGCAAACGAACAGAUCUUUGUGACCACGCCUUGCAUCUGCCACAUGAUGAACUAUGAAACGCAAAGGCCUGACUGGCCCAGCUGAUGCGUUGGCUAAUACUUUGUAGACCCACCUCCCCUUUUUCCACUCCUAUAAUUAUUGUCCCACCAAUCUUCUUACAGUUUUGGGAAGAACACUGAACAAUCUGGAAACCAAAGAUUAUGCCUUGGGAAGAAUACAUGAGCAAAGUUUCUUUGUAGAAUUUCCGUAAACAAAUGCAAAAUGCUGUGUCCCUCAUCUGACUCUUUUUAAACCUGUUAUUAUCAAACCUUUUCUUUUUGUUAUUUUUUAAAGGGAACAAGAAAGACUUCCAUUUCAGGGUCAAAGCCCUCCCCUCCCCUACUGCAUAGCCAGUGGUUCUGAUUUUUGUUUUUCAAUGUUUUCUGCUAUACGCAGGUGUGUUGAUCUGUAGAUUGAGUCAAAGGACCAGCAACUCAGCUCCUGGGUCCACUUCUAAAGUUGCAGAGCCUUAUGAAUCCCAAAUGUGGCUCUUACUGCAGAGCUGGGCAAGUCAUUUAAUUUGUGGCUCUGCUACCAUCAUAUUGUGACACUGUCUGUGUAACCCUUUGAGUGGGAGUUGGGGAAGAGUCUAUGACAGACGCCACCCCAUAAUUAGUUGAAAGAGGAAGCUGCUGGAGAGGAUCAGGCUCCUGCCAAUUUCAGUCCAUGCACAAGAGAAGGUUGCUUAGUCUGUUGUGCCAGCCAUAUGGAGGCUUCCCAAAAUGGUUACUGUCCAGUGACUGCUCCACAUCGAUGGUGUAACAUGUGGAUUGCGUUACCCCUUGGAUCGCUUGUCUUGUGUGGCGAUUCUCUGUACCAGACAUUUGCCUCUAGGAACUGUCAGCAGUAUUAUGGAAACUUCAUACACAGCAAGCAAAUUUACGUGUUAUGCUUGUGGGGCAGUCAUCACACAGAAGUUGUUUUAUCAGCCUCUUUGUGAAUGUAUAGACUGGCCCAUGUGAAGGUCAAUAACUUGCUUGUAAAAUCCACGUGUGUGCUGAUUUGAAGCAUCAGGCAUUCGAUGAAUGGGGGAGGUGUUCUCCUUCAAAGGGAUUUUAAAAUGUUUGAUAUCUCUUUUUAACACCUGUUUUCAAGAUUCUGGGUCGCAGAUCUGUCAGUGAUGGCAAGAAAAUAAAUCAUGCUGUGAUUUA